AUGGCCAAGAGAAGGAAGAUUUUGUAUGUGAAGGGGGAGGAGACAGCAAACCCCAGGUAUGCACACUGGGUUCUGGACCCCAAUGAAGAUAGCCAGGUGCUGAUACCACCUAGUCCAGAAGUUGUGGAGACUGAAGAAGAAGAAGAAGGGCAAGGACAGGAGGAGAACCCUGCAAGGCCUGCUACUGACUCUGCUGAAGAUGGAAAGCAGGAAAAGAAAGAGGAGCAGCCCAAGGAAAACAUAGCAAAUAUGCAAGGGAAAAAAAGGAAACAUGUGCCUGACCCUGGCGAUGAGAUGCAGCUCACCUCCCCUUUGGCAAUCAUGCUGCUCAACAAAUUUUGCUGGGGGAGAAUCAGUGCCUGUGAAGUGCAGCAGUAUGCUGCUGCAGCAAUGAUGAGUGGUGCAAGCGGACAGGACCUCCACACUCUGGCCAAACUUGGAGGUAGUGGUUUUGCCAAGCAAAAUUGCCACAGGGACUUGGUCAGGGCUUUCUUUGGUGGCAUGUCUUCGCCACAGCCAGUGCAGGUGGCCACUGUGGUCAGAGUUAAGAAUGCUGAGGGACUUGUGCUGGAGAAAGAGAAAGAUUUACCUGUAAUAUUGCCUGAGGCAUGGGUGGAUACACUGCAGAACAAGAACCUCUUGCAAGAAUUGGCAUGCAGCCAGAAAACUUUGAAGGAGUUCUGGUUGAAACAGGAUUGGAAAAACAAUCCCCAACUGCAAUGCUGGAAAUCUUUCUGGAAGAAAGUGGAUUCAUUGCUGGUUGUGUCAAUGAGAUGCGCAAUCUCUGGUGUGGCCAUCAAACAAUCUCAGCUGCUACUGACUUGCCUCCCCAAGAGUGCAGGAACUGCUUCUUCGAUGAAGCCUAUAUGGGAAGCAAUUGCUGGCAGCUUCAAGAAGAUGGCAGAAGCAGGAAAAGGAGUUCUGUUUGUGGUGGCAGGAGAUUUGGAAUGGUUCUCCAGUGACUUUGGGUGGCCCACUGCCAUGAGCAACAACCCAUGCCCAUAUUGCCUUUGUGACAACUACUUUGAGGAGGAGAAGAGCGUGCGGCCAUUUACAGAUUUCAGGAAAGAUGCAACUUGGAAAUCUACUUUGAGGAGUGUGUCAGCACCACCACCAGUAUCACAUCCCUUAUUUGGAGUGCCAGGAACUUCCUUCUGGAGCAUGAAAUUGGAUCUGUUGCACCUUGUAGGCCUUGGAGUGGCAUCCCACAUUCAUGGGAACCUCUUGGCAACCAUCGUCAAGAGCCUUCCUAUGGGAAAGAAAAGGGCUUUGGUGGAAGUCAACAAGAUGGUGGCCAUGAGAUAUGAGGAACUUGAAACCCCAGCAGGGGAAAGAAUACCCAGACUCAAUGUGUCAGACAUCUUUGGUGAUGAGUUCCCUUGCCUGAAACAUGUGAAAGGGAGGAGAGUCAGGAAAUUUGCCACUGUGGCGACACUGUUGGCUGGGACCCUGGCUACAAACACAAAAGGAAAACACAUGGAAGCUUUGUGCAAGGCCAUGGAGGAAGCCUAUGACCUUUGUGACUUGAAGGAGUAUGUUUGGGACAAGAAGGUGGGACAGCAGUUUCAAGAGAAGACUGAGGCAAUCCUAGGACACUAUUCAUGGCCGGCAAAGAAUAGCAUGAAGAGUGCAGAAUGUAUGUGGAGCCUGGUGCAGAAGCACCACCUCAUGGCUCAUUACCCAGCACAGUGCCAAUACUUGGCACCAAGGAGCUGCUGGGCAUAUGGGGGAGAAAGCUUCAUGUCCCUGAUGGUGGCAGUUGCUGGGAGCAGUGUGAAAAGCACACCUGCAUGGAUGCUCCCUUCCAAGGUUCUAGCCAAAUUUGAAUACGCUUUUCACCUGAUGCUGGAAGGGAUUUUUAAUCCAGACCUAGAAGAAAAUGAAGAAGUGUGA